AUGUAAUUGAUCAAUCGUGACUUUUAUCAAUUUAGUAAAAAAGUUAAUCUUCCAAAAACAAUCGGAGUAUUAGGAUAUGGUGCAAUUGGAAAAGCUUUUACAGAAAUAUUAUUAAAGUAACAUCCAUGUAAAUUCUUCUAUUAAUUUGGUUAGAAGCUAAUAUUGUAAUUCUUGACAAGCAUGAUGCUUUUUUUCCAAACGAAAAGAGAUUUAAGACAAUAAUAUAUAAAUAAACCAGAGAUAACCUAACACAAACACUAGAUGUAAUGGGGUAAAACAAUAAUAUAAUAUUAAUAAGCUUAUAAUAAGGAGAUACACUAGUAGAUUUAUCGACAAAUAUUGGGUUUCAAGAGAUUUGGACACUCUGUGCUUAAAAAGGAGUUCAAUAUCUAAAUACAGCAUUAGAAGUUUGGGAAGACAGUGAAGAUGCUAAUUCAUGUCCAUAGAAUGCAGACGAAGCAUAUAAAUUGACAUUAGGUUAUAUCAAAGAUAAUGCAAAAAAAUCACCAUUUUGGUCGAAAGUAAAAGUUUAAUUUCAAAUUAAGGGUCCAACUGCAUUAUUAGAAACUGGAUUCAAUCCAGGAAUAGUAUCUCAUUGUGUAAAAAGAGGUUUAGAAGAUUGUGCUAAGCAUUAUAUAGAGAACUCAUAAAGAGAUUAUAAUUUAAAUGAUUUGAGAAAGUAUCUGAAUUAGAAGAACCAUUCUAAAUUAGCAUAAGCACUUGGAGUACAUACAAUUCAUUGUUCUGAAACUGACAAUUAGUUAAUGUCUGAAAUUCCUAAAGAUGUCAAGACAAAAUUUUAUAAUACAUGGUCAUGCAGAGGAUUCCUUACAGAAGGAUUAGUACCUAUUUAAGUAGCCAGAGGUUCACAUGAAGAUACUCAUAUUCCAAAUUGUUAUACAAUAAGGGAUGGAAAAACGAUAGUCUCAAAAAUACCAUCUGUUAAUAUAUGGGCAAAGAGUUGGGUACCUAAUGAAGAUAUUACAGGUAUAUUCAUUAUUAUCUAAAGUUUAGGGGUUUUAAUUCCUCAUGGUGAAGCUUAUUCUAUUUAAGAUUAUUUGAGUGAUCCAGAGACAGGAUACUCACCAUCACAAUAUUAUGUUUAUGAUUAUAAUCCAUUAGCUAAAGAAUUCAUUAAAAACUUACCACCAGAUGCUACCAUAGAGAAUACUCAUCCAGAUAUGGAAGUUAUUCAUCCUAUGAAUUAUCCUUCAUUGAAAGGUUGGGAUAAAGUAGGAGCUCUAUUGAUUAUGAAAAAUAAUAGAGCUUGGUGGACUGGCAGUAUUAUGGAUGAAAUUGAUAGUUCUAAAAUUUAUAAUGGAAUGUUUGGUCCAACAGUUUUAUAAGUUGUAGCAGGAGUAUAUGGAGGAUUUUUGUGGACUUGUUAACAUCAAAAUAUAGGUGCCCACUUUUCUGAAGAUGUUGAUACUGAUGAUCUUAUUCGAAUUGUAAUAAUUUAUUUAUUUUAACAUUUCUAGAGUGAACAUCUAAUGGGUAGAUUUAUAUCGAUUCCAGUUGAUCUCACCAAAACUAAGAUUAAGGAUUGUUACAAAUUGUAAAGUUUUCUAUGCCAAUAAAUUUGA